CAGAGAGCUGCAGAAGGGCCUGCCGAGCCAACCGCUGUGCUGAGAUACAGACAGAAAGAGAGAGAGAGAGAGAGAGAGAGAGAGAAGGAGGAAGAAGAGGUAGCAGCAGGCAGACAGUGUAGACAGAGCGAGGAAGCUCCAGGCUUCGUUUCAGGGCUGAGCAGAAGACAACGGUGUCCACAGAAUGAAAGAAUUGAUCCUCUAAGCCUGAAAAGAAAGUGAAAGGAGAGGCAGAGGAAGGGAAGGAAGGAAGGAAGGAAGGAGAAAAGGAGGGAGGAAGAGGGGUGAGGAGGGGCUCCUCACGGUGUCGGAGUCUGCUCAAACCCUGCAACAUUUCAUCUCCCCUCCAUUCUGUUAUUCGAGCUACAGUACGUUUCAUCGUUCGCCCUCCAUCCUUUCUUUUUGCACGGUGGAAGAGAGGAGAGGAGGAGGACGAGGCAGCCCUCCUCCCUUGUCUCGGUGGAGCAGCACAGAAAAGAGAUGAGAAGAGUGAGACUCUGAACGAGGAGAGGCAGAUACACACAGAGUGUUUAAUUCAUUUCUGGCUGCCUCUGUCGUUCCUUCGGGAGCGAGCGGCUUGAAGCCUCUGCUCAUGUCCGUCAACUCAGAAAAAUCCUCGUCCCCGGAAAGGCCCGAGACACAGCAGAAAGUUCCGUCCGCUCCUCCUCCCCCUCCUCCUCCUCCUCCUCCUCCUCCACCACCACCCCAACCCGAGCCAGUCGCUCCUCCAGAACCAGAGGAAGAGAUUUUGGGCUCAGAUGAUGAGGAACAGGAGGAUCCGGCAGAUUACUGCAAAGGAGGGUACCAUCCAGUGAAGAUAGGGGAUCUGUUCAAUGGGAGGUACCAUGUGAUCAGAAAGCUAGGCUGGGGUCACUUCUCUACUGUCUGGCUGUGUUGGGAUAUCCAAGGGAAGCGCUUUGUGGCGAUGAAGGUGGUGAAGAGCGCACAGCACUACACAGAGACGGCACUAGACGAGAUCAAACUGCUCCGAUGUGUGCGUGAGAGUGACCCCACUGACCCCAACAAAGACAUGGUGGUUCAGCUCAUCGAUGACUUUAAGAUCUCUGGGAUAAACGGGAUCCAUGUGUGUAUGGUGUUUGAAGUCCUCGGACACCAUCUACUGAAAUGGAUCAUCAAGUCCAACUAUCAGGGCCUGCCUUUACCGUGUGUCAAGAGCAUCAUUAAACAGGUCCUGCAGGGUCUGGAUUACCUCCACACUAAGUGUAAGAUCAUUCACACAGACAUCAAACCAGAAAACAUCCUCAUGUGUGUGGACGAUGCCUUCGUCAGGCGAAUGGCGGUCGAAGCCACCGAGUGGCAGAAAGCUGGAGCGCCUCCUCCCUCUGGAUCCGCGGUCAGCACAGCACCGCAACUCAAACAGGUAGGGAAGAUCUCCAAGAACAAAAAGAAGAAGCUGAAAAAGAAGCAAAAGCGACAGGCGGAGCUGCUGGAGAGACGCAUGCUGGAGAUAGAGGCGUUAGAGAGGGAGGCCGAGAAACAGAAAGCCAACGAAGGGAUAAACGCUCCACCAGGACCCGCACUAGCGCUCGGGGAGAGCGAAGAUGAGGAUGACGAAGAUGAUGACAUAGAGGAAGAAGAGGAAGGAGAGGGAGACAGGGAUCAGCCUGUUAGAUUAACCAACCACACAUGUGCAGCUCCACAACAGCAGGAAGAUGGAGAGGACUGUGAAGAACCUCCCAAAACAGACCUUCCUGUUGUUGAAGAUCCCUCAGUGGACACGGAGAACAGCGCAGCACCACACGAACAGAGCAACCACCCUGCAAACGACGAGGAGGAGGAAGAGGACGAGGACGAGGAAGAAGGAGAAUCCGAAGAAGACGCAGAAGAGCGGGAGAAAGCGACAGAACAGCACACAACCGAAGAAGGUCAGGAAGAAUCGAAAGAAGAAGCAGACAGGCUCGAACCUGUAUCUUCUGACGAGAAGCCGGAACCAAAGACAGAUGAGUGUGCAAAGGAGAAGCAGCCUGAGCUGCCUAAAGAAGAAGGAGAAAGAAGAGUAGAGGAAGGCGACGAGGAAGACGAAGACGAUGACGAGAGCGACGACGACGACGACGAUGAAGCAGAGGAUGAAGCCCAGGAGCUUAGGAACUCCACGGAGACCCACAACAACACCUUAAAAGCCAACGGUCAUGCAGUGGUGGACGCAAAUCAUCCAUCAGAUGUUGUGCCCAUUGUGCCCUCACCCACACCUCUGCUGUGCCCGCUGGUGGAGUCAGAGCUCAGCGCCACUGACCGGGACGCCUCUGAUGCUUCUUAUGAGCUGUUCAACGGAGAGACAGCACUCAGUAACGGCGGUAGACACCGAGCCACGGCACCGCGCUUCCCCGAGCUCCCGCUGGACCCUGACGCUGAGCCUGAGGAAGGAGAGACGAACCUGAACCCUGAUGCCGAGCGCAGCCGCACGGUCUCGUCCUCCAGCACCGGAGACACUCCUAAAGCUAAAUCACGAGCAGCCGACCUGCUGGUGAACCCUCUGGACCCUCGAAACGCUGACGUACUCCGAGUGAAGAUAGCGGACCUGGGCAACGCCUGCUGGGUGCACAAACACUUCACAGAAGACAUCCAGACACGGCAGUACCGCUCCAUCGAGGUUCUGAUCGGCGCUGGUUACAGCACUCCUGCAGACAUCUGGAGCACCGCCUGUAUGGCGUUCGAGCUGGCGACAGGAGACUAUCUGUUUGAGCCGCAUUCGGGGGAAGAUUACUCACGUGACGAAGACCACAUCGCUCUGAUUACGGAGCUGCUGGGGAAUGUCCCACGUAAAGUCGUCACCGCAGGGAAAUACAGCCGUGAGUUCUUCUCUAAGAAAGGCGAGUUGCGGCACAUCACUAAACUCAAGCCGUGGUCUCUGUUCGACGUCCUGGUGGAGAAGUACGGCUGGUCGGCCGAGGACGCCGUCCACUUCACAAACUUCCUGUUGCCCAUGCUGGAGAUGGUUCCAGAAAAACGCGCCUCUGCAAGAGACUGCCUCAAUCAUCCCUGGCUGAACUCGUAGCACCUUCGCACCUCUAGCUCUUUUCCCCUAGUGGCAGGCUUCAGGACUGCACCCUGCUCUCAGUCUGGGGGAGAGAAAGAGGUCAGAGAGACAGAGAGAGAGAGAGAGAGACAGAGAAUAUGAAUAGGGGAAGGAAGGUGUAUGUGGACUAAUGUAAGUCUGGACCAUGCUGGAGUAGAAAUGUUAAUUCAAUAUACACUCUGUUUUACACACACACACACACACACACACACACACACUCUUACACAUGCAUUAACUAAAAAAAUAACAUGAGAAGGAAUAUGCGAGAAAAAAAAUCAGUGGAGUAAAACUAAUUACCCUUUGGCUUCAGAGUCCCCAGGUUCAAUCCCUGACUGUCUGUGUGAAGAUCCACUUACUCCCGGUGUCCACACGGGUUUCCUCCUGGUUUUCCGGUUUCCUCCUUCACACCACUAAGUGGAUUGGCUAUAAUCAGAUUUGAAUAAUUGUAUCCCAUCAAGAGUGUGUUCCAGCCUCACACCCAGUGGAACGUGGCUACUGAAUGAACGAUUAAGCAUUAAACAGAUUUCUACACAUUCCCCCAAUCACACGAUUUAAAGGCUUCAGCCAAAUCAGUCUCCUUAAAGUUCAGGCUAAAAAGAAAACACCAAAAUGUUCUUGAACCGGAGUCAGAAAGAAGGAACUGUUUGCUUGCCUCAGUACUCAAGUGUUCAAACUCCAAUCUGCUCCAAACACAUCAAGGAACCUCAACCGUCGUAGUCACUGUGAGCUGCAGGACGGAAUAUGGUGUAUGUUGACGUCAUGACGGUGUGUGUGUAUGUGUCAGUGUUACUGCUAUAACCUUUUCUGAUGGAACUAGUCCACCAUCUCACACCUCUCUCUCUCUCAGCCUCUGUUCCCCCCCCUUACAGAGACAGAGCCCCCUGAGCCAAGGUUCUGCCACAGAACUGUUUACAGCCCUCCUUCAAGCCCAAACCUCUACCAUCACCUCCCAUCAGGGCUUCACGCCACUGUUCGUGCCCCUCCAAGACACACAGGAGACUCCAAACACAGAAAGACGCACUGUGGAUUCUACAGUCUGUGGCGUAGAGCGUACGAAACGAACAGAAAAGCCGUCUAACGACUGCUUCAUGUCACUUCAGUGGUUUUUCUCCGAGCUGGUGAAAGCACGGAGAACCCGAGGGCGAGAAAAAGUGUGCGCGUUUUACUCGUGUUGAGAGACUUUUACUUCAUUUGUUUCGUUCAUUCUGCUCUUUUUGAAAAACUGGUCAAAGAUUCGACAUGGACGGGUCUUGUGAGAACCACGUACUGUAAACACACGCUCUCUAAAGCAUUCCACGACCGUUCCUAACACACACACACGUACGCUUUCUUCCAUUCAAAAACGUCAACUUAUUUUUUUUCCGCAGCACCCUCAAGCGACCAUAAGGUUACCGCCCCAAAAUCGGUCCGGUUCUGUUCGAGGUGUAAAAAAAAAAAAGACAUGACCGAGGUUGCGCUUGCGUCGCAUUUGUUCAGGGAUUAUGAUCAGUGUAAAGAGCGCAAACGGACGCUCUAACAAACCUACCGACGACAUCGCCGCCGCGAAACAGAAGUACAGCUCAAGGCUGAGACGGAGGAGCCUCGUGGAACGGAGUUGUAUGCUGAAGUAUGUGUGUGUGAGAGCGAGUGAGAAAAGGACACACAACCCCACCCGCUACAGCUCGCGCUCAGUACCGCCGGCCCUCUUCCACCCUCCUGCUCCAUCUCAUCAACUAUUUUCGCAAUAAAAAAAAAAAAGUAUAAGUAGAUGGUGAAGUAUUUUUAAAAACAAUAUUUAAAAAAAAAAAAGAACUUCUGAUCGUCGUGACGGUGACCGAAUAUCGUCUUAUUAUUGAGGUGAUUGUGUUUUUGUCCGUUUAGAGUUGUAUUAUUAUUUUUUUUGUAAUUAUGAUAAUUAUAAUUACUAUUAUUGCCAUUCACAAUUUUAUUUUUUACAUUUGGUUGUCAUCUCUUUCCCCGUCGUUAGAGUGAACAGUGCUGCUCUGUAUGGACUAGUGUGAUGCUGAUCACGUUUGAUCAAACAGUUUUGCAAUAAUAGUGAAUUUUUGCACCAAAAGCUCAUGAUCUCUCACUUUAGCCAUGCUGACUGUUCUUCCCAACAUUCACGGUUACAUCUCGUCUGUUUUUCAUCGACAGAUUUAAUAAAAUUAUAUAUUAAUGGCUCA